UCAGUGACGCCGUUCCUUACUGUACGUACCCUUUUUGGCCACAUUACUGGGAAGAAGUUUGCUGCUAACAUAUCUUCUUCGUCUAAUCCAGUACUCGGGCCUCGCAGCAUAAUGGACAGAUUCCAAGUGGUACUCGAGCACUUACAGGAGCACCUACAGCCAUCUUCUUCCCACUACACAGCCUCGUCCCAAGAUACUCCGCAACUAGCUUAUACAGCACGAGACAAAGCACUCAUGGCGAUCCUAACCUCGCUCAGCACGCCCGAAAGCCUGCGUCUGGAAAAAGGAGACUGGUACCCCCAAGGCCUAGCUGCCCGCCACGACGCCCUCGUCCUAUACGAAAACACCGCCAGCAAUGGCAUCCGCCUCGCAUACGUCUCGCUCACCGACUUCAUCCAACAAGCGCAAACAUGGCUCCUCGCCCCCAACCCUACCAACAAAUCCGGCGACGCACCCCACGCCAAAAACCCCUGGCCCCCCAUCGCCGCCCAACUCCGCUCCAAAGGCGUCGACAUCUCCAAACUAGACCUCGAAAUCUACCUCGACCUAACCCAGCACCUCUCCGCCUCGGAUCUCCCUGCUAAACUCGAUGAAAUCGCCCAGUGGGCCCGCAACGGCACCCUCGACGCGCGCUACGAGAAAUUCAUCGCAGAAAAAGAAGAAGCUGCUGCUGCUGCUCAAGCUAAGAACCGUGGGUCUCGACCUCUGCUACGUACUUCUGGUGCGAAUGACGCCGCGGACACGGUAUUUGGUGGGCCCGAAGCUUUGUAUUCCAAGCGCUUUACGCACGAGUAUCCUAUGGGGAAGGCGGCGUCGGUGAAGGUGAAGCGGGAGCAGCGUAGUGAGCGGUCGAGGGAGGAGGUGGAGAAGAGUGUUUUGGCUAAUGCGGAGCGGAUUCGGAAAAUGGAGAGGGGAAGGGCGAAUGGGGGUGAGCAUGUGAUGGUUGUGGAUGAGACGGAGAAGCAGAGGAGGAGGAAGAGGCAUCGAGCAUUUUUUGUCACUUUUAUGGUUGUAUUAUUUGGAGGGGCGGUUGGAGCUAUGUUGUGGGCUAUGGGGACUAGACGGUGGGAUUUUACGGCCGGGGGGCAGACGCAGUGAGUUGGGG